AUGGGAAAGCCCAAGAAUACUGCCCCCAAGGCCAAGGCCAAGGUGCAGGUGAAGAAGGAGCCCGGCACGUCGCCGACGUCCGCCGACGAAAAGAAAGAGCUGUGCAACUUUUUGACCCAGGUGAAGAACAGCGAGCAGCCAGACAAGGUUGCGGUGUACAAGCACUACUCAAGCCUCGGCCGCUACGACAAGCAGAAGAAAGAGUUGCUGUCGUUGUGGAAGAGCGACAAGUCGUGCAAGUGGUACGGGAGUUGGUGCAAAAAGGUGACUUUCACCGAGAAGGAGGAAGCCGAAGGUCGCACAGGUUUUGGCACCAGGUUCCAAGUUGCCAGCCUGCUGGAGAUGCCGGCAGAUUCGAAAGAGUUCCAGGCAGUGGAGAAAAGCCUUCUGGCCCAGGACGGAAUGGCAGAUGAUGAGUGGGACGACAAGGAUGCCACCCAAAUGGCUUUUGCCAAGGCCAAGCUCAAGCGGUUCAACUUGGCCAAGAUCGCCGUGACGUUUGGCAAGAUCACCACCGACAAGACCUGGAGUGAGUCUGUUGAAGCCAAUCGGCAGACUGGCAAGGCCUCAGGCGACCAGCUCUCCAGUGUUCUGGAUGCUGUGGGAAGAGCAGGAGGACCCACGGAUGUUGGAUCCUCCUCGGCGGGGACCGAGCAGGUUAAGACCCCGAAGGAUAUCAUGUUCGAGAAGUACCAGAACCAGGUUGCUGUUUUGUCAACCUCCAAGAGUUCCGUGGAUCGGGACCUCAACAAGCUCUCGGGUAUUGCUGCUCGCCUCCGGCAUCGUUCGGAUCCAGCCCUCACCAGCAAGGCCGGGGAGCUGAAGAAGUACCAUGCCGAUCAGAUGGCUUACCUCGACGAUGCCACAAUCUUCGUGGGAGCUGCCGAGGAAGCCUCCAAGGAGGAGAUCGGCGAGGAGCAGAUGGAGGUCUUGCAGGGCCACUUGGAAAAGAUGGGCGAGCUGGCUGUGGCAGUUAAGGACAAGUUGAGAAGGAAUACGGCACUCUUGUAG